GUGUAACCUUUUUGAAUUUCGUAAAACGCAACGCUCUAGUCAGGACACAGUGGCGCAGCCCCAAGGCUGUACAAGGAGAUGAGAAGCUGGGACAUUGCUCUUCGGUGAGGAGCCAGUUUUCUGCUGUUUUCUGCUGAAAUAAAAGCAGUUCCAAUUCAAUCGUCAACGAGAAAGACACUUUAACUGGCCGAGGGCCCUGCAGACGUCCUGGCGGGCGUACGCAUUGGGGGAAGCAUCGCUGGAGGAGGAACGGACCCUCCCGCUGCCGGGCCGGGGCCCGCCCGGGGGAGUGGAGCUGGCAGCGCCGCCCCAGCGCCGCUCGCCCCGCGCCGUCGCCGCAGCGGGAGGGGAGCGGAGGAGAAGCGGGCGGCGGCUGCGGCAGCCCAGGGCAUCGCUGCUGUCGCGGCGGCGGCGGGCUGAGCCCGGCCGGCGGCAAAGCGCGCUCUACAGCCGAGCGCCAUGGCCCAGCGGCAGCCGGCCACCCCUGGGGCCCCCGAGGCUGCAGAGCCCGGGGCUGGGGCCGCCGGCCCGGAGCUGGCGGCGGGGAGCGGCCCCGUGCAGAUCCGAGUGGCCGUCCAGGCGGCCGCGGAGGAGGAGGAGGGCGCCGGCGCGCCGUACUCGGCUGCGCGGGGCGGCGGCAGCUGCAGCGAGGAGGACUCGGGGCGGUGCGGGCGCUCCAGUGGUGGGGAGAAUGAUGAUGACUCUGACCAGAACUGGAAACCACCAGAAAAUGACCUGAUCCAGAAGUUAAUAGCACAGAUUGAAUAUUACUUCUCAGAUGAGAACCUUGAGAAAGAUGCCUUCCUUCUAAAGCAUGUGAGAAGAAAUAAGAUGGGCUACGUCAGUGUUAAACUCCUCACUUCUUUUAAGAAGGUGAAACACCUUACCCGUGACUGGAGAACCACAGCCUAUGCACUGAAGUACUCAGACACUCUUGAGCUCAAUGAUGAUAACAAAAAGGUUAGAAGAAAUACUCCAGUUCCAGUGUUUCCAAGUGAAAACCUCCCUACCAGGAUGUUACUGGUCUAUGAUAUCCACAUGAUUUCUGAGCUGCAGGCUCUUAACAAACAACAAGAAAAUGGAUGCGUGCAAGAAAGGAUAAUGGAGCAUCUCCUCAAAGCCUUUGUAACUUUUGGUGUGAUUUCAUCAGUUCGUAUUCUCAAGCCUGGUAGGGAUCUACCACCUGAUAUUAGGAGAGUCAGCAAUCGGUACACCCAACUGGGAACUCAGGAAUGUGCAAUUAUAGAGUUUGAAGAAGUAGAUGCUGCCGUACGUGCUCAUGACUUCAUGUGUGCUGAAAAGAAAGAGACCGGCAUGAAAGUCAUCCUAAUAGGCAUGAAACCUCCAAAGAAAAAAGUUCCCAAAGACAAGAACCAUGAUGAAGAUACCAGCAAGAGUCAUAAGAAGGCUAGAUCCCUUAAUAAGAGAGUUGAAGAACUUCAGUUUGUUGGUGAUGAAUCUUCAGCAAAUAGCUCUUCUGACCCAGAGAGUAAUCCUACAUCACCAUUAUCAGGACGCAAAAGCACUGCAACAAAUACUGUGAAUAAUUUGAGCCCCAUCAUUCACCCAAACAACCAUUUGAGUCCCAACGUGUCACCCAGAUCAAGUCCUUGGAACAGUCCAUCUUCACUAAGAAAAGUAACUAAAAAGUCUCCGCUGGCUGAAGACGGCAAGCUUAACCCAAGCACUAGCCCUGAAAUUCCAAGGAAAUGCACAGAUUAUUCCUCUGACAGCAGUAUCACUCCUUCUGGUAGCCCCUGGGUACAGAGAAGAAAAGCUCAAACUGUAACGCAAGAGAAGAGUCCCGUCAGUAGCCCCAUGUUGGCUCGGAAAAUACAAAAUGCAGAUGGCCUACCUGUAGGGGUGCUGCGGCUGCCCAAAGGUCCUGAUGGCACUAAAGGAUUCCACAAUGGCUGUGAAAGAAGGAAGGCUAAAAAGAAUUAAGAAAUCAUUCCUUAAAAGCAAUCUCACAAGUCAGUCUGCUUUUGUUCAAGCCUGGUGAAAAAUUGCCACUUGAGUGAGCUAAAUCAGUAUUUAAUUUUAAAAGAUUUUGUAUUCAUAUAGAGACUUUAUCAUUGUAUUCAUAUAGAGACUUUAUCAUUUGUAUAUUUGUAUAUUCACAGAAUAGUUGAGGUUGGAAGGCAUCUCUGGAGAUUGCCCAGUCCACCUCCUUUGCUCAAGCAGGGUCCACUACAGCAGGUCACUUAGGGUUUUGAGUAUCUGCAAGGACAGAGACUCCCCAACCUGUCUGGGCAACGUGUUCCCGUGGUCAGCCAUCCACGCAGUAAGAAGUGUUACCUUACAUUCAGGUGGAAUUUCUGGUGUUUCAGUUUGUGCUCCUUUUCCUGUUACUGGGUAUUGCUGAGAAGAGCGUAGCUCCAUCUUCUUUACUCCUUCCCAUCAGAUAAUGAAAACAUUGAUGAGAUAUAUUCCCCAAGCCUUCUCUUCUCCACUCUAAACAGCCCCAGCUUCUCUAGGCCUCUCAUAUGAGAGAUGCUACAGUCUCUUCAUCAUCUUAGGCGCUUAUCUAAUGCGGUGUCCUUAUCUGCAUUAUUUUUUUAAUGUAUCAGUUUAAAACAGGCAUAUAAAUCAUUCAUGUUACUAUAUUAUUUGCAAAGCUGGGAUCCUGAAGAGCAGUGUGUAAAUACUUAGUUUAGUGAUUGUAUUAUGAUAAGCUGUGGUAUGUUACCAGCCUAAUAGUCAUAAGGAUUAGAGGUUUUGAAGACUUACUUUGUCUCAAAAGGAACCCUGAGAAACUUAUGCUAGUGAGCAGUUGCCCUCUGCUUGCAUACAUCUCCAAAGACAAUAUUGUUUAGUAGGACCAAAGCGUAUUUUCACAUGAUGUGAACAAAGACUCUGAGCAUUGAAGACUGUUCUGUAAGGGUUAUCUCAUGUAAUCAGACGACAAUAAACAAAAGUAUUAACUCA